GAUAGAGUGACGCAUAAGAAAAGAAGCAAUGGCGACGCCCAUUGACGAAAACGUGGAAGUUCGACAUACUGGUGACAAAAAGGGCCGUGGUCUGUUUUCUAAGACAUCAUUUGAAAAGGGUGAGGUGAUUUUUGAGGAAAAGCCCUUAGUGUCUGCCCAGUUUUCCUGGAAUGAGCUGUACAAGUACCGAGCUUGUGAAUUCUGCAUGUGUCCUCUGGAAACAGCGGAGGAAAACAGCCGCCGACUAACCGAUAAUUCAAGUCUGAUUCUUCCUUUCCCGCAGUGCUGUGAGGUGAAACCAUCCGAGUUUGUGUCAUGUCCAAACUGUCAGGUGACCUAUUGUUGCGCUGGUUGUCAGCAGAAGGCGUGGUCGACCUACCAUGAGGUUCUGUGUACGAGGCAGUCCCCACCAGACCCAGACCACCCCCUCGUCAGGCUGCAGGAUACAUGGAGAAGUAUCCACUAUCCACCAGAAACCUCUACUAUCUUGCUGGUAGUCAAGAUGGUGGCCAUGAUAAAACAGGCCAGUGACAAGUCUGACAUUAUCAGACGCUUUUCUCAGUUUGUGAAUACGACAGUCAAUGAAGAUGACCAGAUAGUGCACAAGUUGUUAGGAAAACAGUUUCAGGAACAACUUGAGCUGUUACGUUCCCAGACUAAGGAUACCAUCUAUGAAGAAAAUGUUCAGCAGUGGUUCACACCUGAAGGAUUCCGGUCAUUGUUUGCUUUGAUAGGAACAAAUGGUCAAGGUAUUGGCAGCAGAUUUAACACACCAUUUUGCUUCCAUAAGGCUACUCAAAGCAGAGAAAACACCGAGAACCGGGCGUGGGUUUUAACCACCAACAGAACAAACCGAUGGUGCACGAAACAAAUCGUGACUAGCAACACAUUGAUUCGGAGGCCUAGAGAUAAUCUGGUAUCACCUGGUGUGUACAAAGAUCACAAAAGCCGAUUCAAGGAAAAAUUGCACAAACCUCUACCUGGGCAGAUUGAUUUUGUUCCACAACUAGACUCGAACCAUCCCCAGCUACUUUUCCCUGUCAGAGCAGCGAAGAUUAUGGUGCAGAAACUGAAGAAGAGAACGGACGAAUUGGAAGGUGCCCUUUUAAUCCAGAAUGUGUCAAAAAGUCAGUUGUCAGAUACAGGUACUGACGAACUGCUCGCUUUGCAUCACACUGCACUUCGCAUAAUGGGGACAUCAAAAUAUGCCCCGGCCUCACAAAUUGUGCUUCAAUCACAAAGGGAAAUGUAG